AAGAUGUUGCAACUGCUGGAAAAAAAGGUCAUUGAAGGAGUUGGCUGCGAAAAAAAAUCAGCUUAAAAAAGAGUGGCAGGCAUGCGCAAUGGGAGGAUGCCAUGUUGGAAUGAGGCUGUAGCAAGAGAGAGAGAGAGGGAGAGGGAGCGACAAACUGGUCGCCUGCUCGCCGCGGAGCCGCAGGGCAGUGCCCUUCCCGCGCCCGGGGCGCUGUGCGCGGAAAUUCUUGCUGCAGGAUGAAUUAGGAAAGGAAGAAAUCUGAACAAUGGAGACGAGGACGUCUUUGAUUUCCAGCAUGCAGGAAACACAGCAUCUAUCCCAGGAGAAGGGCCAGAGUCCAGCCAAUGGGAACAGAGAGCAGUUUGAUUCAGAUGAAGGGUCAAGCUUAGAGGAUACUGAUUUUAAUUGGGAUGAAUACUUGGAAGAAACGGGAGCCAGCGCUGCUCCUCACACAUCGUUCAAACACGUUGAAAUCAGCCUACAGAGCAGUUUCCAACCAGGGAUGAAGUUAGAAGUGGCCAACAAGAACAAUCCAGACACAUACUGGGUGGCUACAAUCAUUACGACAUGCGGGCAGCUCUUACUGCUACGUUACUGUGGCUAUGGAGAUGAUCGCCGAGCAGAUUUCUGGUGUGAUGUGAUGACCGCUGAUCUUCAUCCAGUCGGCUGGUGCACCCAGAACAACAAGGUGCUGAUGCCUCCGGAUGCAAUCAAGGAGAAGUACGUGGACUGGACGGAAUUCCUUAUACAUGAUUUAACAGGCUCCCGAACUGCACCUGCAAACUUGCUGGAAGGCCCUCUGCGAGGAAAAAACCCUGUAGACCUCAUUACAGUUGAUUCCUUAAUAGAGCUGCAGGAUACCCAGAACCCCUUUCAGUACUGGAUAGUUAGUGUGGUUGAAAAUGUUGGAGGAAGAUUACGCCUUCGCUAUGUGGGAUUGGAGGAGACUGAAUCCUAUGACCAGUGGUUGUUUUACUUGGAUUACAGACUUCGACCAGUCGGUUGGUGUCAAGAGAAUAAAUACAGAAUGGACCCACCUACAGAAAUCUAUUCUCUGAAGACUAUAUCUGAGUGGAAAUGCGCUCGGGAAAAAUCCCUUAAUGAUGCAGCAAAAUGUCCUCUUCCAAUGGAAGUGUUCAAGGAUCAUGCUGAUUUGAGGAGCCACUUCUUCACAGUGGGGAUGAAGCUAGAGGCAGUGAACAUGAGGGAACCCUUUACUAUCUGUCCUGCAUCAGUGACUAAGGUUUUUAACAAUCACUAUUUACAAGUGACCAUUGAUGACUUGAGACCUGAAGCUAGCAAAAUCUCAAUGCUUUGCCAUGCCGAUUCCUUAGGGAUCUUACCAGUACAGUGGUGCCUUAAAAAUGGAGUCAAUCUCACGCCUCCCAAGGGUUACUCUGGCCAGGACUUUGACUGGGCAGAUUAUCAGAAGCAGUGUGGAGCAGAGGCAGCUCCUCACUUCUGCUUUAGAAACACGUCCUUCAGCCGUGGCUUUACGAAGAACAUGAAGUUGGAGGCGGUGAACCCCAAGAACCCUGCAGAAAUAUGCGUUGCUUCGAUCACAUCCGUGAAAGGAAGGUUAAUGUGGCUGCACCUGGAAGGUUUACAGAUGCCCUCUCCGGAGUAUAUAGUUGAUGUAGAGUCUAUGGACAUUUUCCCAGUUGGCUGGUGUGAAGCAAAUGCUUAUAACCUAAUACCACCCCACAAAGCAGUUCUGCGAAAGAAGAGAAAGAUUGCAGUUGUGCAGCCAGAAAAGCAGUUGCCUUCCACAGUGCCUGUUGAGAAAAUACCUCAUGACCUUUGCCCGGUUCCUCAGCCAGACACGACAGGUACCAUCAAUGGAAGAUACUGCUGCCCCCAGCUCUUCAUCAACCACCGCUGCUUCUCAGGUCCUUAUUUAAACAAGGGGAGAAUAGCAGAGCUACCUCAGUCUGUCGGACCUGGCAAAUGCGUGCUAGUUCUGAAAGAGGUUCUCAGCAUGGUAAUCAAUGCCGCUUACAAACCGGGGAGCGUUUUACGAGAGCUGCAGCUGGUGGAAGACCCGCAGUGGAAUUUCCAGGAGGAAACGCUGAAGGCAAAGUACCGAGGGAAAACCUACCGGGCGACGGUCAAGAUCGUGAGGACGUCUGAUCAAGUGGCGGAUUUCUGCCGGAGGGUCUGUGCCAAGCUGGAGUGUUGUCCCAACCUGUUCAGCCCUGUGCUUGUAACUGAAAUCUGUCCCGAGAACUGUUCUAUUCACACCAAAACCAAAUACACCUAUUAUUAUGGGAAGAGGAAAAAAAUCAUUAAGCCACCAAUUGGGGAAAACAACAACUUGAAGAGUGGACACAUCAAGCCUGCAAGGCGCAGAAAAAGACGGAAAUCCAUUUUUGUGCAGAAGAAGAGGAGGUCAUCGACUGCUGAUUUUAACACUGCAGGGUCUGCAGAGGAAAGUGAAGAGGAGGAGCCAGAUGCUAUGGAAGAUGAGACAGGGAGUGAAGAAACCAGCUCAGAACUACGGGAUGACCAGACAGACACCUCCUCGGCCGAGGUCCCGUCAGCCAGACCGAGGAGAGCCAUGACAUUACGAAGCAGCACCGAGUCGGACAGGCCUCCUCCCAUUGAGAGAGCGAGAAGGAGCCGGAAAACACCGUCUCUCUCAUACAGUGAACAGGAGAAGUGCACUCAAGUCAAGGAAGAAAUAAAGCAAGAGGAGGAAGAAAAACUCAUUCUGGACAGCAACCCAUUGGAGUGGACAGUGACUGACGUGGUGAGGUUUAUCAAACUGACAGACUGCGCUCCCCUAGCCAAGAUAUUUCAGGAACAGGACAUUGAUGGCCAGGCGCUUCUGCUGCUGACCCUGCCGACCGUGCAAGAAUGCAUGGAGCUGAAACUUGGCCCAGCCAUCAAGUUGUGCCACCAGAUUGAGCGAGUAAAAGUUGCUUUCUAUGCACAAUAUGCCAACUGACUCUGCCGCUCCUUGCAUUGCCUUCUGGGCUUUUCUCACUGGUUUUCAAACAUUACAGCUCAUUUGGGUUUUUCCCCGCCCUGCUCUCGUAAGCCUGUGGAAGCCGAAACACCGAGAAGCUCUCUGUAAAAAACAAAAAACCCCCCAAAACAAUCUGAAUGAGUAGUUCCAGUUUUGUGAAGCACAUUGGUAUAUCGCUGGCAUUUCUUCUUGGGAGCCUGUCCGCACAUGCGAUAUUGUAGUGUAGCAAGGCUGUAAGAGAGCAGAAGGUUUGUCUUCUUUUUUUUUAGUAAAAGAGAAAAUAAAACAAGUUUUCCUACAACCGGCAAACACAUUCCAUGGGGGAUAACGUUCAAACAUUCCCAGCUGAUUAUGGUGUGUCUAGGUCAAUUUCUGGACAUAAAUGAUCUCCGUCAUGAACUGACACACUUCUUUCAUAUUGAAAUGUGAGUGAUCAUUUUUAGUGAUCCACGGUUUACUGCAGAUUUGAUCGUAAUGAUCAAUGUGCUUUAUUCAGGCCUGCAAAGAAAGCAUUAGAGCCGUGAUACGCCGUGUAAUGUCUUAGCAAGCAGUUGAUAAAGGGGAAUCCCAGCUGUGCUCUCUAUCAGAAAAAAAUUCAGUGAACUUCAAGGGGUACAGCAAAAGGUAGUGCCCAGUAACGCUUCCCAAACCUGGUAGAGUUAUGUACAAUAUUCUGAUUUUCUCUGUGAUUGGACCUGUACAGUUCUUCAUUCUUGUAAUGGAACAUGCAUGAAAUAUUUUAUACUAAAGCCCAUUCAAUUAUCUCCAAGUAACGUUAAAGGUCUAAUGGUGGACGCCUACACAACAGGGAAUUCAGGUGGAAGGAUGAGAUUUUGGAGUAAAUGCUGAUCUAGGCCGAACCUGGUUAAAUCCAUUGAAGGCAACUGAAUCUCCUGGGUUGACUUUGGUGUAAAAAAGAUCAGAAAAUGUUCCGCAAAGGAUCUGCAUUGUUUUAUACCAGCUGAGGAUUUAGCCUAGCACACCCUUUUGUUCCUGAGCAUACAAAGAGCCAGAUUCACCAGAUGCCCUGUGCUGCUGUCCCUGGUUAAACUGGAUUUGCACUGUUUUGUGUCAAUGGAGACAUGCGAAGCAUCCGAAAGGUACCGGGUAACCUGGCCCUGAGUGCCCAUGUGGCCGUGUUAAAGAGCUGUGUGAAAUGCAUGGACUUUGGCUCAGCAUGGCUCGUGAUAGGAAUAGGAACGAAGUCCAUUGAAGUCAAUGGUGUUAUACCCUCCUAAUAACUCUACCCCGAGCAAGAACAGAAGCUGAGUUUUAUUUCGAAGAUGAGUUUCAAGCGGAGCUCCCCAAAAAGGCAAACUCGGUGGUUGUGACUGAGUUUUUUUUUCCUAGCUUCAGAGGAAACCACGGACUUUUUUUUUGGUUGUUUUUGCAUGGUUUCCUCUGAAACUAUAAAUAGGCCUGUGAUCUGCAACUUCAGUGGACUCAGAGUUUUGGAUUUGUUACAGAAAUCUAGCGUAGCCUUGUCAGGAUGCCAGGUCAGAGUCUCCAGGGACCCUUUCUAAUGUGAGACGUGAUUUUUUUACCCUGAAUUCUACAUGUCUUUGCUUUUGCCCAGUUAGCUCAGAGCUCGAAUGUUACUUCAACAGAAUCUGUUGGUUUCAAUGCCUUUUUCUUACCCCCGCUUUUUAAAAAGCCAUUUUGCUUGUGUUCACUCUCUCAUUGCCCACUGACUUGGAUCUGAUAAUCCUGCAGACUGGAUGUGCUCAGCUAAACGACCGGGCAUUCGCAGAUUAGAGCUGGUUGGUUCUGCCAUAUCCAUUUUCUUCUUGAUGACUCUGUUAAUUGUGUGAAUUAUUGGUGCUGUAUAAUGCUUCUGAAAUACCCUUUACAGACUCUGGUGGACCAGAAUUCACUUCGGAGAAUACUUUAUGCAAGGAUCGAUUCAGGGGACCAUAAAGCUUUUCAAGGCAUCUUUAUAAUGUGCCGCUAUAAUAACGGGUUGCCUGGUUGAGUCUGCUCCCAGUGAAUUGCCUUCUUCUGACAUUUGAAUACAAAUUCAAUACGAGUUGCUGCAGGUUAGACCAGGUCCCACAAUACUUCAGUUGGCUUCAGUAAAACUCGUAUACUUCCUUUGUUCACAAGAUCUUAGUAGUAAGAUUUAAAUGAUCUUUAUUUAAAGGAAGGGAAUAAAGCGGCUGCUCCUGUGCUGAGGUUUUUGUUUCACCAGAAAACAAAUGAUUAAGGGUUAAGUUGUCCUUUGAGACAACGGGCAGUGGGUUUUGCAUUGGGAAUCCUAUGGGGUGUUUAACAGCAUGCUAAAUCACUGCGGUUGUGCUGAUGAUUUUUGGUGAACCCUUCAAGAUGCCAGUGAGUUUAAAUGCCCACCUUCCCUUUUAAAAUUUCCCCCAGAAAAGCUCAGCUUCUCUUCUCUAGUCCAGUGGACAUCAGGGACAUCAUACUCUCCCUGGCAACUUCCACCCAGUCACUGUCCUAAAUUAAAGCAGCUCACGUGUUGUUCAUAUAUAGACACAUAUGUACAUCUCCGAGACACUGUAUGCUCUUGAAGAAACACUAGAAUCGGCCCAGACACCGGGGCCCGGUAAGGGAAAUGGAAAAGGUGCUGAGCAUGUCUGCCUGGCCUGGAGGUGGCUGUGCCCUGAUGCAGGUUCAGGUCUCUGCAGGGCAGAUCCAUCUGCCUUCUGCUCCUUUGACGCUCGCCGGAUAAUCUGGCCCAGGGGUCAUCAAAGGAAUUGAAUGCAUUUGUGGUUCCUGUUACUUUCUCAACAUGGAUAAUCAUUUUGGUGCCACCGAAAUACUUGUGGAAGACUGAACUGGAGUGCACGUGGCUGCCUGCUUUAUAUUCGGGACCAUCUCCAGGCUCAGUUUUGACGUAGCAAAGGGGGCACACAGCUUUGGGCAGUGAUAUGCAACCUUAUGGAAAUAACAAGCGGAGCUCUUACUGAUUGUUUUUUCCUUCUAUUAACAAGAAUCAGAAAGGUUAAUCAUGUUUAAAACCACAGCUAGCAAAAAAAACAAAAAAACCCGCUUUGACUGUAGCUUAUGCAGACUGUAAAGCUCUCCAGGCUUUUGCUCCCCCCUCCCUCUGUGUUUUUUUUUUUUUCUUCCUUUCUUUUUAAAUAUCCCUUCAUUUAUUUUUCUCUGUUCCUUUUGGAGAGCUGUGACCUCAAGUCUUUAUUCUAAAAUUACCUUGAAUUGGCCUCAGUGGCAAAUGCUUUAUUAUAGUGACACCUAAAAUAGCGAGUGGGAAGGGAUCAAAGAGAUGCAGUCUGCUGUUCUAAUUGCCUUCCAGAGAAGUAGCGCUGAAUCUCCUACCCAAUUUUUUUUAUGUAAAAGAAAACUAUGGCAGGCAGUUAAAUUGAACAAUGUGCUCACAUUGUCACUUAAAGAUUCAAGCCGAGAUCAGAACGAUCUGAAUGCUCCUUCCGGUGCAUAAUCCCAGAUCCAGAAAAUUAACAAGAUUUUAGAAUAAUGCAUUUCUAAGGAGACAUUUGAAACACAGAACUCAUUAGGGUGAAAUGCUGAUAUACUUUGCUACAUAAAAAAAAAAAAAAAAAAAAGUAAUCGGUAAAAAGAAGCAUUUUUAUCCUAUGUGUAUAGAGUCAAAUUCAGAGCUGGGAUAAUAAGGAACAGAUUCCCAUCAUAUUCAGGAAGCUGCAUCUUGUUAUAUCGCAUCUGGAUUUGGUCCUGAGAGUAGGGGCAAGAUAAAUGACGGUGUGUUUUCUUUGUCUCCAGGAUGAAAAGGUUCAGGGUAUGAAAUUACUGUGGCCAAAGCUAGAACCAUUGCUGAUUACCAGCAAGGCUUUUCCUUCUGGCCAAGGAACAGGAUGGUCAUCUCUCUGCCGCAGUCCUUGGGGCCAACUCAGAGCUGGGAUGGGAACCCCAGGGUACUUGUGCUGAAUCGGUGCAUUCAAGUCAGCACUGUGCUUGGCCCAUUCAGGUAGACUAACAGCAGCUCUGCACCAUUUUGGUGUCUCCUUGGAGGAAUCCAGCUUCUGAGAUGUAGGCCUGGAGCUCUAUUUUGUGGAGUUUUACUAAGCUAUUUAAAAUGCUCUGCACCAGGCAUGGCCGUGGUCCUGUGCUGCUAUGCACCUAUCUCCUUCCACCAACUUAGAUCAACUAUUAGAACUGGAAGGAGAAGUUUCCAUCCCCUCAGGGUAAAUCCAGCUCCCGUUUCCCUCCACUAUCAACCAGGUGAGAACCUGUCCUCCUCCUCUCCUAUACACUUCCUUGCUCCAGAAUGAGAUUUCUUCCUCUUGAUCUCUCCAUAUUCCAAGCAUUUCCCACAUGCUGCCCACCAUCCAUCACCUGGGCACGCACUUUUCACCAUUCAGCUUGUUAGCUGUAAGCAAACACUGGCCACUGUCACCUCUGAUGGGCAUCAUGGCUUUCAAGCACUGAUGUCUGGUUCCGGGAGCUGAAUUUGAGCUUUAUUAGACAGGUACUGGUGCCUGAAGGACUCCCCCAGCAAGCUGCAAACUACCUCCUGAGGGUGCUGAAUGCUCACUGAAAUCAAUGGAAAUUGGUGGCAUUCAGUCUUUCUAGUGAGGAUCAUUCCAGGACUGGGCUCUCAUUGAGAUGGUGUCGGACAUGCCGUGAUACUGUCUGCAAUGUACUGUCAAGACGCUGAUGCGCAAAGGUAUUUAGGAUUAACAAAAACGCCAAAGCAAGUACAGCCAGGGGAGAGAGGCACCAAACUCGCAUGACAUCUGUCUCAUUGCAAUUUGCAUUUAUUCUGAAACGACUUUGGAUCCGAAAGUCAGCAAACCUGACACAAGCUCUUUCAAAGCCAGCUGGCCCCGUCAGUCAGUAUUUACUCACCGAAAAAGCAAGCCUUGUUGUUUUCUGAGCCUU